ACAAGAUCAACACGUGUAACAAGUACAGCAGGCUCCUAAAAGGCAGUUAAAGUGUAUGACUGCCUCAGUUCUUUUGACACUUUGGUGCUGUCAUAUCUGAGGUAACACGGGGAGGCUGGGGGACUGCCUCCGCAGGAAUUUAAGAUGCCUGCACAAAAACGUAAAGGAAAAGAUGGGAUGAGCAACUGGAUGUCACAGCUACCACCUGAACUUCACACCGUUCCUCUCUUUGAGCUGACCCUACCAGGAAGCCAUGACUCAAUGAGUUAUGACUUGGAUAUCAACUCCUCUAUAAUAGAACCUGAUGGACUAAAAAGGUUCAGCAAGAUUUACUGUGUGCGUAAAAUAGUGCGCAAAUGGGCCAUCACUCAGGAAGCGACCGUCACAAAGCAACUGGAUGCAGGGGUUCGCUACUUGGACCUGAGGAUCGCACGCAAGCCAGAUGACACCAACCCCACAAGGCUUUACUUUUACCACGGGCUGUACACACGGGCUGAUGUCGAGACUGUUCUCAAAGACAUAAAUGACUGGGCAGGGACACAUCCGAAAGAAAUCGUCAUCCUGUCACUAUCCAACUUUAAAGGGUUUGACAAAAAAAUUGAAAAGCAACUUCACACACAUCUACUCGACUUCAUCAAGACCUUGUUUGGAGCCAAACUCGCCCCUGCAUGGGAAAAACCUACCCUGAAGAGUUGCUGGGACAAUGGCAGAAAUGUCAUAGUUUCAUAUGACUAUCGAGCACAUAAGCAUUCCGAUAUAUGGAAAAAAAUAAACUAUUACUAUGGGAAUAGCAUGGAGCCUGCAAAAAUUGAAGCAAGACUCUGUCACGCUCUGGAAAAGGAAAGGCCUGACCAACAUUUCUUUGUAUGUGGCUUGAACUUGACACUGCCACAUGAUGCCAGGAUCCUCAAGUACAUCCUUCGUAUGUGUGACAACUUCAUCAACGUCAUACAGAGGAGUCUGCCAAAGCUGCUGCAAUGGGUGAAACAGCAAUCUUGCAAAACGCCGAUUAACAUUGUUGCCUCAGACUUGGUGACUCGUAACAACUUUGUCUCAACGAUUGUUGAGCUCAAUUUUAAAAAGGUGAAAGCAUAAUUAAAACGCUGUAGUGCAUAGUGCUGUGUGCUGUAUACUGAUGUGAUUCAUUUGCUGUUGCAUAGGCAGAUAUCUGCAGCUAAAUUAUUGAGUAGUUGUGGUGAAAGUUUCAAAUCUAUGUUUCAUUCAGACUGUAUAAUUCAAGUUCAAGAUAUCAUUAAUUCCUCUCAGUUCAUGGUAUCUGCACUGGCGUUUUUAAUUUUAAGUUAAGUCUUAAAUAGCUAGAAUGACACUGUAGAUAUCUUGAACUGGAAUUCUGCUUAGUCAAAAUGUAAUUACAGACAUCUUUAAAAUUUUGACUAGAGGAAAUGACGAUGCCCGCGUCUGGAAGGUGGACCUUUUUAAACAGACUAUAGUACUCCAACCAUAACCACAUAUGACAAACUGUUUCACUGCCAUGUUACACCGGCCUGACACUGAAAUUCUAGUAAAUUUGGACUACAAGUCUAUAAUUAAGGAAGGUCUGAUUUUGCACAACCUCUUUGCUCAUAAGCUCUUUCUAUUUCAAGUCACUUUUUAGCCAUCUUCUUCAACACAGCAGCCACCACUACUUCUGUUAACACUUUUCAAAGGCUUUGCUGGACCAAUAUCCAAUGGGAAGCCUUGUAUAUGCAGCAUCAUUCACAAUGAGGUUUGAGGUAUCUACAACUACUAUUUCAAUUAGUCCACACUGAAUUAGACAUUUUCUAACUGUGAUUUUGGCUAAUCAGAGAACUCAGCUGUUAAGGGUUAAAAUGGGUUGCCAUAAUCAAUGAUCACUUUCCUCAUUUUUAUAACAUUUCAAGCUGUCACAAACUGAUAUAAGUUGUGAAGCUGUGACAUCAGUUAGGUCUGUAAGGGCUUAUUGCUUAGUCCAUAGCGUGGAUAUUUUGAUUGGGCCUCAGAGUGCUUGUUACCAAUGACAGUGAAUGCAUCUGAAAUAUGAGUCUCCUCAAUAAAGUGUUGAAUGGA